AUGUAUGUACCAUAUUCGGAAGCCAGUACAGUAAGUGGGAAAUUUAUACAUCAAGGAAAUGUCUCGUAUUUUGACACGUCUUUGAUGAUAUCCGAAUUAACUCCGGCAGUUUCGGAAAUCUCUUUGCGUUAUUGUGCUGUAGAAUGCUACAAGAACUUGGACUGUAACGCAGUAGAGAUAUGUUCAUCCGAGACAGGAACGAUCUGCCGACUAAGUUCAAGCAUUUUCAAAUCAAUGGUUACUGGAAGUAAUACGUGUUUUCGUUAUGAACUGGAGCACGCAUGCGGCUGGAAUUCUUAUUUUAACAGAAGAAAUGGAUAUUGUGAGUGUGUUAUUGACUGCCAUUGUGGAGCUUUAACACCCCCUGUAGGCCAGUUUUUAACACACACAGUGAAGAUGGAUGGCCAACAGUUUCCUGCCAAUUGUAUGAAUACAGCCGGUCAUAUUUGGACGAUGAUUCAAAGACGAGUUGAUGGCUCUGUUAACUUUUACAGAGGAUGGACGGAAUACAAAAACGGAUUUGGUGACCUCAACUCUGAGUUCUGGAUUGGUCUUGACAACAUCCGUUUGUUGGUGACCAAUGGAUAUACAGUUUUACGUGUGGAAUUGGAAUACGGUACAGAGUCGGUGUAUGCUGAGUACAGUAGUUUCUACAUCGCGGAGGAGGGAGACAACUACCGAAUCCACGUGUCUGGGUACAGCGGAACAGCUGGUGACGGAAUUUCGUGUACAGUUAUCCACUGCCACAAUGAUGCCCAGUUUACUACAUUUGACAAUGAUAAUGAUAGUGGAAGCACUAGAAACAAUGCGCAGACGUGGCGGGGAGCCUGGUGGUACACCGACGGGCACCGGUCAAACCUCAACGGUGAAUACGGCAAUAACAAUCACGGAGAAGGGAUCAGCUGGUACUUCUUCAAAGGUUGGAGUGUGUCCUUGACACAAACUAGAAUGAUGCUAAGACAAGCAUAG